AUGUCUGAAUUCAUUCUACCAAAGGGAGAGGGUAAAAAAGUAUGCAUCGGUGGAGGCUCCGGAUUCAUUGGAAGUCACAUUGCCAAGCGAUUGAAAGCGAACGGUUGGUAUGUAGUCGUCGUCGAUUGGAAGGAGAACGAAUUCAUGGAGAAGAGCGAGUUCUGUGAUGAAUUCAUCCUCGACGAUCUUCGUAAGUUGGAAGUUGCCUGCAAGGCCUGCGAAGGAUGUACCCAAGUCUACAACUUGGCUGCCGAUAUGGGUGGAAUGGGGUUCAUUGUUUCCAACGAAUCUGUCCUGGCUUUCAACAACACCGCCAUCAGUAUGAACAUGCUCGAGGCUGCUCGCCGUAACAAGGUCAAGGACUUCUUCUACUCGUCCUCUGCUUGCGUCUACAACGAAGCAAAGCAAGAAGAUCCCGAAAACCCAGGUUUGAUUGAAUCUGAUGCAUGGCCUGCCAGACCUCAAGACAUGUAUGGAUUGGAAAAGCUCUACGCCGAAGAAAUGGCCUUAGCCUACGGUCGUGACUUCCCCAUGAAGAUCAGAAUUGCCCGAUUCCACAACAUCUAUGGUCCUCGCGGAACUUGGAAGGGUGGACGUGAAAAGGCACCAGCAGCCUUCUGCCGUAAGGCCAUUACUUCCACUGACCACUUCGAAAUGUGGGGGGACGGAAAGCAAACCCGUAGUUUCACUUUCAUUGAUGAUUGUGUUGAAGGUGUCUUGCGACUAAUGUUCUCCGACUGUGAUGUUCCCAUCAACUUGGGAUCCACUGAAAUGGUCGACAUGAUUCAGUUUGCAAACAUUGCUCUCAGUUUUGAGAACAAGAAGCUCCCUAUCAAGCACAUCGAAGGACCCAUGGGGGUUCGUGGUCGCAACAGUAACAAUAAGCUCAUCAUGGAGAAAUUGGGCUGGAAACCUGAAAUCAAGAUCGCAGAUGGCCUUCGCAAGACCUACUUCUGGAUCAAGGGUGAAAUUGAAAAGGAGGGAGGCGAUGGUGCUGCCUACUCCACGUCCGAGAUUGUGCAACAAGUGGACGAUUCCCUGAUGCAACUGGGAAAGGACCAGAGCACGGCCAUUGCUGAAACAAAGUAG